AUGAACGACGUGAAGAAAGCCGCGACAGCAAACGCAGAUGGGCUCUUGGACCCGGGUGAGGCACAAAUGGCCCCCUCUGUAAACCACAGCCAGCAUGACAGCGCCCCCGGGGACGACCUGGUGAGCUCCGUGACGCUUUAUCGGCGCAAACCGCGCUUUCUACACGGCACUGUGCUCCCAUUCCUGGCCUUCUUGUACCCCGGCUGGCUGUACGUGUGGUUGGCGGUGUACGGGGCAGACGAGUAUCCGGAGGCAGGCCUCCUGGCUCUAGCGGCCAUCGGGAUCGCGCACGUCCUCACCGCGCUGUCUGGUUAUUGGUCCGUGCACGCGCACUGCUGGCUCACAUGUUCAAAGGAACCAGACCCUGAAAAGGCCACACUUGCAAAGGUCAUUCCUACUCCUAACAAUGGUUCAGCUGAGCUUGUGGCGCUACAGCGGGACCAGGAUGAAAAUGGGGAGGAGAUUCUGGCCUUUGAGUUUCAAAAAAUCCGCUACACGUUUGAUGACAAAGAGAAGAAAUGCUUUCUCCCCAUAGCAUUUCCUAUCAACCAUUCCAUGGGCCACUUCCAGUCCUGGCGUGGGUACCAAGAAGAGUCUGAUCUUCGGGCAGCAGAAAAACAGUAUGGGACCAACAAGGCAGAGAUGAUGGUUCCAGAUUUUCUGGAACUAUUUAAAGAAAGAGCAACAGCCCCAUUCUUUGUUUUUCAGGUGUUUUGUGUGGGACUUUGGUGUCUGGAUGAGUACUGGUACUACAGUGUUUUCACAUUGUUCAUGUUGGUGGCAUUUGAGGCUUCUUUGGUUCAACAGCAAAUGAGAAAUAUGUCUGAAAUACGACGCAUGGGAAACAAGCCCUACAUGAUUCAGGUUUACCGUAAUAGAAAGUGGAGGCCAAUUUCAAGUGAUGACCUUGUGCCUGGUGAUAUAGUCUCAAUAGGGAGGUCGCCGCAGGACAAUUUGGUUCCCUGUGAUGUUCUGCUCUUAAGAGGACGUUGUAUUGUGGACGAGGCCAUGCUGACAGGAGAAUCAGUGCCACAAAUGAAGGAGCCCAUUGAAGACUUGGACCCAGAGAAAAUCUUAGAUCUCCAAACUGACUCUCGACUUCACAUAAUCUCAGGAGGAACAAAAGUGGUACAGCAUACCCCACCAUUGAAAGCUACUGCGGGGCUCAAACCUGUUGACAAUGGAUGUGUGGCCUAUGUACUGAGAACUGGAUUUUACACAUCACAGGGAAAACUUUUACGGACCAUCUUGUUUGGAGUCAAAAGAGUCACCGCAAAUAACCUAGAGACUUUUAUCUUCAUCCUCUUUCUGCUGGUGUUUGCUAUCGCUGCAGCUGCGUAUGUGUGGGUAGAAGGCACCAAGGAUCCCAGCAGAAACCGUUACAAACUGUUUUUGGAAUGCACACUGAUCCUCACUUCGGUGGUUCCACCUGAACUCCCCAUUGAGCUGUCCUUAGCUGUCAACACUUCUCUGAUAGCUUUAGCUAAACUAUAUGUGUUUUGUACCGAACCGUUCAGAAUACCUUUUGCUGGGAAAGUUGAAGUAUGUUGCUUUGAUAAAACGGGAACACUAACUAGUGAUAGUCUGGUGGUGCGAGGGGUAGCAGGCCUCAAAGAGGGAAAGGAGGUGAUGCCAGUGUCGGAGAUCCCUGUUGAGACUCACAGAGUGGUGGCCACGUGUCAUUCCCUGGUCACUCUCGACGAUGGGCAGCUGGUUGGAGAUCCACUGGAAAAGGCCAUGCUUACGGCUGCGGAUUGGACCCUCACCAAGGAUGAAAAGGUAUUUGCUCGUGGAAUCAAAACACCAGGGCUGAAGAUUCACCAGCGCUUUCACUUUGCCAGUGCCCUGAAGAGAAUGUCAGUGCUGGCCUCCUAUGAGAAACUAGGAUCUACUGAACUCUGCUACAUUUCCACGGUCAAAGGAGCUCCGGAAACCCUCAGAGCAAUGUUUUCACAGUGUCCAGCCACUUAUGAUGAAGUCCACAAAGAAAUGUCACGAGAAGGAGCCAGAGUUCUGGCACUGGGUUACAAAGAGAUUGGACAUCUCAGUCAUCAGCAGGUUCGAGAAAUGGGGCGUGAUGCACUGGAAUGUAAUUUACAUUUUGCUGGGUUUAUGGUUGUCUCCUGUCCACUCAAGACUGACAGUAAAGCCGUCAUCAGAGAGAUCCAAGAAGCUUCUCAUCACGUUGUAAUGAUAACUGGAGACAAUCCCUUAACCGCGUGCCAUGUUGCAAGAGAGUUGCAUUUUAUUCAAAAACAACACACCCUGGUACUACAGCAGAUCCCUGGACAAAGUAAUUGGCAGUGGGAAUCCAUUGAUGGCACUGUCUCUAUGCCAUUGCAGCCUCCCUCCGUUUCUUCAUUUGUGCAAACGUUUGAUCUUUGUGUAACUGGGGAGGGACUGAACAGACUGAGCCAAGAGCUACGCUUACUACAUGCCCUCUUACCUCAUAUACAAGUCUUCGCCCGCGUCAGUCCUAAACAGAAGGAGCUCGUCAUCACCAGCCUCAAGGGCCUUGGCUAUGUGACACUUAUGUGUGGGGAUGGCACUAAUGAUGUCGGGGCGCUCAAGCACGCCCACAUAGGUGUAGCUUUAUUGGCUAAUGCCCCUGAACGUAUACCUGACAAAAAGAGGAGAGGACGGGAAAAAGACACACCACCAGCAGAAACCAGACCAGCUCCGCCUGUUGCUUCAGGAGGGAAACUCAGCUCCAGAGCCGCCAGGCAGAGAGUAAUGGCUCAAAGAGAGGAGCAGUUGGCAGCACAAAAGGAGAGAAUCAGUCAGGUUUUGAGAGAGCUGGAAGAGGAUCAAGUACAAGUGGUGAAGCUCGGAGAUGCAUCUAUCGCUGCUCCCUUCACAUCCAAACUUUCUUCCAUUCAGUGCAUUUGCCAUGUCAUAAAACAAGGACGUUGCACAUUAGUGACCACCUUACAGAUGUUCAAGAUCCUUGCUCUAAAUGCCUUGGUUCUGGCUUACAGUCAAUCUGUGCUUUACCUUGAAGGAGUCAAGUUUAGUGAUUUCCAGGCCACUCUGCAGGGUCUGUUGUUAGCCGGAUGCUUUCUUUUUAUUUCAAGAUCAAAGCCUCUAAAAACAUUGUCUCGAGAGCGUCCAUUGCCAAACAUUUUCAAUUUUUACACAGUGUUGACUGUGUUACUGCAGUUCGCAGUUCAUUUCUGCAGCCUUGUUUAUCUAUAUAGAGAAGCACAGAGCAGAAGCCCACCCAGAAUGGAGCAGUUUGCAGAUCUGUACAAAGAGUUUGAGCCUAGCCUAAUCAACAGCACUGUCUACAUCAUGUCCAUGGCCAUGCAGAUGGCCACCUUUGCUAUAAAUUAUAAGGGUCACCCCUUCAUGGAGUCUCUUAGUGAGAACCGCCCUUUACUCUGGAGUAUUGCUCUCUCUGGUUUGGCCAUUGUAGGACUUUUAUCUGGAUCUUCUCCUGAAUUCAAUGAACAGUUUGCUCUGGUGGAUAUUCCAACAGAGUUUAAGUUCAUCAUCGCCCAGGUGCUGGUUGUGGACUUUGUGGCUGCUCUGCUGGUGGACCGUCUGCUUCAGUUCUUCUUGGGAAAAGGAACUCUCAGACUGCCUUCUUGA